AGUGUAGUCAUUUUAACCACAGUUUGGUUUUCUUUACCCAACCUCAGAGUUCCACUCUUCCCUUUACCAAACACUUACAUUUUAGCAUUCCACUGCCUCUCUCUCCAUUUUUAUAUCCAAGCAGAAAAUAACGGCAUCUUCGUCUCUCUACCCCCCUCUGAUAUCGAGCUUUUCUUGGAAACAAAUCCUCUAGGAUUUUUGUAUCUACAACAACACAUUGAAUCUCACUCUUAACUGUUUUUCUUUCAAACAUUAUCGGAGAUCCGAAGAAACCCAACCCACCUUUAUCUUCAUUAAACAUUGAUCUUCGGAGACUUUCAUAAGUCUUCUCUUCUCUCUCUCUCUCUCUCUCUUUUCUGCGCUGUAAUUUAUGCAGAUCUUCUCCCACUAGGGCACUUUCUCUCUCUAGAAAUGGUGGUGAAGAUGAUUAAAUGGAGGCCAUGGCCUCCUCUGCUGUCCAAGAAGUUUGAGGUGAGACUGGUGGUGCGGAGGCUUGAGGGUUGUAAUCAUGUGCGUGAGGAAUCAGAGAAGGAGCGUGAGGACGCAGAGAAGGAACGUGAGGUCGCGGGAUUGGCGGUUGAGAUUCGGUGGAAGGGGCCCAAGAUCGCGUUGAGUUCGUUCAGACGGACGGUGAAGAGGAACUUCACCAAGGAGGAGGGUGUGGGGCCAAAUGGCGUCGUCGAGUGGGACGAGGAGUUUCAGAGCGCGUGCUGUCUCUCUGGCUACAAGGACAACGUGUUCCAUCCUUGGGAGAUCGCAUUUACUGUGUUGAAUGGCUUAAACCCCAAAAAUAAGGUUUCUGUUGUCGGAACAGCAUCACUGAACCUUGCUGAAUUUGCUUCCAAAGCCGAGGAAAAAGAGUUUGAUCUUAACAUCCCUCUCGUCUCAGGCAGUGCAGCUGAACCUCAUCCCUCACUCUGUAUAUCUCUCAGUUUAUUGGAAUUGAGAACUGCUCAAGAACCAGCAGAGUCAGUGCAGAGAUCAAUCAUCCCUGCUGCAUCACCACCGCAAUCAGGAGACACUAUGUCAACAGAGAAAGAUGAGCUUUCUGCUCUUAAGGCUGGUCUGAGAAAGGUAAAAAUCUUUACAGAGUAUGUAUCGUCCAGAAGAGCAAAAAAGGCCUGCCGUGAGGAAGAGGGAAGCGAGGGCAGGUGCUCUGCGAGGAGUGAGGAUGGUGAUUAUACCUGCCCCUUUGACUCAGACUCACUCGAUGAAUUUGAGGAAGGAGAAUCAGAUGAGGGCAAAGAAGAUUGCAGUGCUAGAAAAUCAUUUAGUUAUGGCACAUUGGCUUAUGCCAAUUGUGCUGGAGGAUCAUUUUGCUCCAACAUGGGGAUCAACAGUGAGGAUGAAGAUUGGAUUUACUACAGCAACCGAAAAUCAGAUGUGGGAUGCUCACACGUUGAGGAUUCUACUGCCUCUGUUGUUUCUGAAUCCACCUUAUUACAGAGUUCAAAGCGUAGUAUCCUUCCUUGGAGGAAGAGGAAGCUGAGUUUUAGGUCUCCUAAAGCAAAAGGGGAGCCACUGUUAAAGAAGGCUUAUGGAGAAGAAGGUGGGGAUGACAUUGACUUCGACCGUCGACAGCUGAGCUCUGAUGAAUCUCUCUCUUUUGGGUGGGGUAAGUCUGACGGAGACUUAAGUGCCAAUCGAUCAUCAGUGUCUGAGUUUGGGGAUGACAAUUUUGCCAUUGGCUGUUGGGAACAGAAAGAUGUGACAAGCCGUGAUGGGCACAUGAAGGUUAAAACUCAGGUCUUCUUUGCUUCCAUCGAUCAGAGGAGUGAAAGGGCUGCAGGCGAGAGUGCAUGUACAGCCCUUGUUGCUGUCAUUGCUGAUUGGUUCCAGAACAACCAUGAUCUCAUGCCCAUUAAGUCCCAAUUUGACUGUCUGAUCAGAGAAGGCUCGUUAGAAUGGAGGAACCUCUGUGAAAAUGAGAGCUACAGGGAGCGGUUUCCUGACAAGCACUUUGAUCUGGAAACAGUCCUCCAAGCCAAAAUACGUCCUCUUUCUGUAGUUCCUGGGAAGUCUUUUAUUGGGUUUUUCCAUCCAGUUGGAAUGGAGGAGGAAAGAUUUGAUUUUUUGCAUGGUGCCAUGUCCUUUGACAAUAUAUGGGACGAGAUCAGCCGUGCAGGGUCAGAAUGUUCUAUAAACGGUGAAACCCAAGUUUAUGUUGUCAGUUGGAAUGACCAUUUUUUUGUCCUCAAGAUUGAACCGGAAGCUUACUACAUCAUUGACACAUUAGGGGAGAGGCUGUACGAAGGAUGCAAUCAGGCUUAUAUCUUGAAAUUUGACAGGAACACUGCAAUAUACAAACUGCCAAGUACCGCACAAUCAUCAGAAGAGAAAACUGGAGGAGAUCAGCAGAUAGUUGCUGCUGCAGAAGAACCCAAGAACCGGCAGACUCAGCAGAUUAACCCUAAUGAGGGUUCUGUAGAAGGGAUGGUAAUAAUUAAACCCGAAGAAUCCAUGAAGAGUACAGAGGAAGAGGAGGUUGUGUGUCAAGGGAAGGAGUCUUGCAAGGAGUAUAUAAAGAGCUUCUUGGCUGCAAUCCCAAUUAGGGAAUUGCAGGCAGAUAUUAAGAAAGGUUUGAUGGCUUCAACUCCUCUUCAUCACCGAUUACAGAUUGAAUUUCACUACACUCAGUUACAACAAUCAGCACCCGACACUCCAGCAAUAGAAGCUUCCACUGCCACGGCCACGGCUACGGCUUCACCACAAGUACUUGAAGUGCAAUAACUGAAAAUGUUUGCUUAUGACUUGCUAUAAUUGUAGGAAGUGUGAUUAUCUAACCCUUUUUUUUUUUUUUUCUUUUCUCUUCUCUUUAUCAUGGGCAUGCCAUUGGAUGAAUGGGCUAAAUGAGGGUUGCCAAUGUCCGGAGCUCGUGUUUGUGUCUUGUGCCUGUUUGUCAACCUCUGUAGGGCACCUUUCUUAGUUUUAACUGUAAACUUGAUUGGAAUGAGAAAACCUGUUUAUCACUUUGUGUUCCA